AUGUCUAUUUCCUCGUUUGAUCCCCUUUCAUGUCUUAUCUCAUCGCGGCUUCUUCUGGUGCGAGAUAUGAGUGAAGCCAUCCUCGAGCAGACGGCGAGUCUCCCUGCCGACGAGGCGCUCGCCGUGCUCAACCAGCACCGCAGCCAGUAUGAGGACGACGUGCCCUUCCUCUCCCACGUGGCCGAGUGUGCGUUGGAAGUGGGCGACGUCGACGACGCCUACCACUGUUUGACCAAGGCGUGUCAACUCGACCCUGAAGCCGCCCAGGGACCGGAGAAAUUCUUUUCCUUGGGCCAAAUCACUGGGGGAGAAGAAGGGGUGGCUUAUUUUACUACUGGCCUCGCUAGGUUACGAAAUACGUUGGAAAAUGGCGUCACCACUCCCGAAGUUAUCGCUAAGAUGAUCCUGGCGAUAUUUGCGACGGUGGAAAUCUGGUUGACCGAUUUGGCUGACCACGACGAAUCUUUAGCCAAAUGCCAAGAGUUGUUAGAGUAUGCCCACCAGCUUGACGAUUCCAACGGCGAGACGUAUGCGUUGAAAGCUCAGGUGCUUAUCCUUGAAAAUAAGUUUGCCGACGCCUCCACCGCCAUCCACAGAGCGUGGGAACUUAUCCAACAACGAUUGGCUCAGUUAGCCGCUGAAGGGAGCCAGGAUCCGUUCGUUUACGUCGAGUUGAUCCAGCCGAUGGCGCUGAUGAUUAAAUCGGCUUUGGAAACGGCCAACUACGAAUUGGCGGCGUUGAUGUGUCAGCGUGUAGCUGAGAUCGACGAUAACUUAUUGGAAAUCUACUAUUACGAAGCCCUUGCUCACUUAAUGCUGGUAAAACAGGCAUUAGGGUUAGACCUUGAUGCUGACGUGGACGCCGUCGUACAAGCAAUUCAAGCCCACGGCGAUGCCACGCAAAAGGCCGAGCUUGAACUGAUGGUCACUGACGCCCGACUGGCGCUCACUCAAGGGUUCCGAGUGAUCCAGACGGCGGAAGACGCCGACGCCGACGUGGUGGAACAAGUGAACCAAAUGUUAAAACCGUUAGGGGGACCUAACAUGAAGGAGUUGAUGCCACAAAAGGACGAGGACGUUAACGUCGACGGGUGGGAAGAAGAGUUGGAUGAUUAG